UCCUAUUAUACAUUAAAACAGCCAAAAUUAGGAUUCUUUGGAAGAUUCCUUAAAAAGGACUUGACAUUACCUUAUCAUUCUUACAACAUCCCUAUUUUAUACAUUGAAGUUGGCUAACUAAUAAUCCAACUCUCCUUUUUAUAGUUUUAACUCACUCUGGCGACAUCCUAGCUACUUUAAUUUUCUUUUUCCUCCUUUUUGUUCUCUCCCCUUACUUAAGUUGCAAUAUAAUGCUACCAAGUAGUAGCAAUAUUUUCUGGCGUAGUUGCUAAUUUAAGCUGCACUAAAGUUUAAUUUCUCGCUCUUAUAUUCAUUUAUUUUAUAAGAAAAUAAUUUUUACAUCAGAUUAAUGGCGUCGUUAUCUAAGAUUGAUUCACCCAUGACAUACCCGAAGGCACGACGUGAUGAAUCCGUUGUAGAUUACUACCAUGGUACUCCUAUUUCUGAUCCUUAUAGAUGGUUGGAAGAUCCAGAUUCAGAAGAGACAAAAGAAUUUGUGAAGAGUCAAGUGGAAGUGACAGAAUCUUUGCUGAAAACUUGUGAAACGAGGGAGAAGAUGAAGGAGAGGUUAAAGGAGGUUUUUCAGUUUGAGAGGUUUCAACUGCCUUUUAAACGUGGAGACAAAUACUUCUACUUCCAUAACAAAGGGCUUCAGCCACAAGAUGUGCUUUAUGUUCAGGAUAGUUUGGAAGGUGAACCAAGAGUACUGCUCAAUCCAAAUGAGCUUAGCGAGGAUGGAACCGUGUCUCUCAACAUCUGUGCUGUGAGCGAGGAUGCGCAGUACAUGGCAUACGGCCUAAGCUCAAGCGGAAGUGACUGGAUUACGAUCAAUGUGCUUAGUGUCGCCAACCAAACUCCCCUGCCUGAUGCUUUAAGAUGGGUCAAGUUCAGUGGUGUUUCUUGGACUCAUGAUAAUAGAGGAUUUUUCUACAGUCGCUACCCUGCCCCCGAAGGAGAGAUAGCAGAUUAUGGUACUGAAACAAGUAUAAAUCUGAAUCAUGAAUUAUAUUACCAUGUUCUUGGUACGGAUCAGUCUGAAGAUAUUCUAUGCUGGAAGGAUCCGAAACAUCCUAGAUACAGAUUUUACCCUCGUGUAACCGAUGAUGGAAAGUAUCUUCUUCUACAUAUCGAGAAUAACUGUGAAGAAGUGAACAAACUCUAUUAUUUGAAUCUUUCAAACUUGCCCAAUGAUGGCCUUAGAAGUGCCCAAGAUGCAAAUGGCUUGCUUCCAUUUACGAAACUCGUUGAUGAGUUGGAUGCACUCUAUCAUUAUGUUGCCAAUGAUGAUACCAUUUUUACCUUCCAAACAAACAAGAACGCUCCAAGAUGUAAACUAGUACGCAUUGAUCUAAAUAAACCAAAUGUUUGGACUGAUGUUAUUCCAGAAUCUGAAAAAGAUGUACUCGUAACAGCUGAGGUUGCUAAUGAAAAUCAACUUAUUGUAUGUUACUUGAAAGACGUGAAGCAUUUGCUCGAGAUCAGGGACCUUCAGACAGGGGAUUUCCUGCAAUGUUUACCUAUUGAUAUUGGCACUGUUAGAAUUAGUGCUAGGCGGAAAGAUAGAUUCGCUUUUGUAUCGUUUACUAGCUUUCUUACCUUCAAUAUAACAUAUCAGUGUGACUUAGCAGCUGAGGUUCCACAAAUGAAGAUAUUCAGAGAAAUUUUCGUACCAAAUUUUGAUCGUUCUGAAUUCAAGAUUGAUCAGGUUUUUGUGCCGAGUAAGGAUGGCACUAAGAUACCUAUGUUCAUAGUAGCCAAAAGGAAUAUUGUUUUGGAUAAAUCAAACCCAUGCUUACUAUACGCAUAUGGUGGAUUUAAUGUUAGUCUAACACCGGGUUUUAGUGUCAUUCGUACAAUGCUUCUGAAACACUUGGGUGCCGUUUUCUGCCUAGCCAAUAUUCGUGGUGGUGGGGAGUAUGGUGAAGAGUGGCAUAAAGCAGGAGCUUUAGAAAGAAAACAAAACUGCUUCGACGAUUUUAUUGCUGCUGCUGAGUUUCUUGUCUCCAAGGGUUAUACACAGCCUUCAAAGUUGUGUAUUGAAGGUAGAAGCAAUGGUGGCCUUCUAAUUGGUGCUUGCAUAAACCAGAGGCCGGAUCUUUUUGGUUGCGCUUUAGCUCAUGUUGGUGUCAUGGACAUGCUUCGAUUUCACAAAUUUACUAUUGGUCACGCUUGGACUGCGGAUUUUGGUUGUUCAGAUAAAGAGGAAGAUUUUCAUUCACUAAUUAAGUAUUCACCACUCCAUAAUGUUCAAAGGCCAUGGGAAAGCUCUUCAGGCCGGUAUAUACAAUAUCCGGCAACCAUGCUAUUGACGGCUGAUCAUGACGAUCGUGUUGUGCCACUGCACUCACUUAAGCUGUUAGCAACUAUGCAAUAUACUCUAUGCACGAGCUUAGCAAAGAGUCCGCAAAUUACUCCAAUAAUCGGACGGAUCGAAUGCAAGGCUGGUCAUGGAUGUGGACGUCCAAUACAAAAAGAGAUUGAUGAAGCUGCUGAUAGGUAUAGUUUUAUGGCUAAGAUGGUGGAUGCUGCAUGGAAUGACUGAUAUAUGGUCCUCAAAAUCAUGAUCAAUAAGAUUGAGUUUCUAAUAUAUGAUGUAGUAAAUUAUAAAUAUGUCGCCUAUAAUCCAGGAACAUAUAGUGUUUUCGUUUAUGAGCUGCUUAGGCUUCAAUAUUUGGCGUUGGGGCAUAUUUAAAUGCGAUCUUAUAGUCGUUCAUUUGUACAUAACUAAAAUAACUUCUUCCCAGCAAAAAGUAUUAAAAGAUAUACUUAGGUGCUUUGUGAAAUAGCAUUAAUGUAAUUUAUUAUCUUGUUAUUUUUUUUUAAAGUAUAAAAGAAUAUUGUUUGAACA